CUUUUUUGGACAGUGCUCGCUUUUUUUAAAACACGAGAGCAUCUUGAAUAAACCUGUGCGCUCGAAGAUCAUAGGCAACAGGACCACUUAGCGCGGCACCGCCGCACUUUUCAACUGAUUGAAAAUGCGGUGACACGGAGUGCUUAGCCGCGCUUAUCGAGGCCGUAACAUCCACCUGCGGGACCAGCUGGAAGCAGCCCCCAAGCCGCCACAAUGGCGACCAGUGGGGAGGAAUAUGAGGAGGAGGAAUACGAGGAGGAAACAGAGGAGGAGGUCGAUGAAGCCGAAGAGCAUGAAAUGGAAAGUAAAAUACGAGCGCUUGAGGCGGAACUAGUUUCCCUGAAAGAUUCCACGCCAGCCGCGCCUGCUGCAGAGCCGGCAACUGCGACGAGUGCAGGUUAUUUCUGCUUAUGCAUUCAUAGUUUUUUGCGGUCGUUCAUCAUCGCCGUUCAUCUCGUCGUAAUGGCGAGCGUUCGCUGGUCGUGCCGCUGAAGUUUUAGAUCAAGCCUUCGACAAAUGAAAAUAUUAAAGCAAAAACACCUACACAGCCGCCGCUCCGGCCCAAGGCGAGGACAGUCUGAUUCCCGACCUCCUGAAAAACCCCGCCCUGGAUACGGGAUCGCAGUUCAGCAAGGUGACGUUCAACAGCAAUCUGAACAACCUGGAGGACGUAAAUGAGUUGAAGCGGAACAUCAUGUCCCUUCAGAAUCAACUAGACGCGCUGACGACAGCCCACCGCAACGACCUGGGUACGUUUCGGAUGAAGGAGGAAGAAAUGUCCAACAAGAUACAAACGCUGGAGGACACGAAACGAAACGACAGGGAUCACAUCAGCGAAAUCGAGUCGCGAUGCGAAGAGUUGCUGGUACUAGGUGGUUGCUGUUUAGUUUUUGCGUCGUCGCAAAUUGUUGCUGGCGUUGAGUCCAUUUCGGAAAAUAAAGCCGACAAAACCAGAAAUGGCGAGCUCGCAGCUGUUCUGGAAGAACCAAAGAAAGGAUUGAGAAAAUGAAUCCAAUUUUUCAUCAUCCCAACCACGACAGACAAAGAAUGCGAUUCUGGAGAAUACGAAGAACAAACUGGAGAGCGAAAACCGCGACUUGCAGCGGCUGGUUAGUGGCAAGGAGCAGAAUAUUCUCGGCUUGGAGGAGACCAAACGGCAGCUGGAGCAGCGGGUUUUCCGGUACGAGCAGGAUAACCACAGCCUGGAGACGGAGUUGCAGAACACGCAGUGGAAGCUAAAAACCGGCGAGGCGAAGAUGGAACAGGAGUCAAAGGAAAAAACCGAGCUCGACCGACAGGUGCAGAAGCUGACGGGCGAAAAUCAGGAUCUCGGCCUGCGAAUACUCUCUGUCUCGGGCACGACAAGAGUGCAACAAGCGGAAAUCGAGAAUCUACACCGCGACAUUCGGCUUGCAAACGCGGAAAGAGAGGAAAGCAUAAAAGUAUAGAAGUACAGCACUCGUGGGUCGAGCGCCAAGGCCUAAAGCAAAUUAUGAUUGCAUCUGUAGUUGUCAACUCGGGGCAUCCGCAUCCUUUCGCAUUUUGAUUUCUCUAAAUUGAAAUUUCAUAUUUCUUAUGGCUGCAAAGACUGGGUAAUUGUCUUUUUGACGUUCUGGAAGGUCGCCGUGUCCAAGAACCAGAUGGAGCAGGAGCUUCUGAAAAUCAGGGAGGAAGCUUUGGAAGCCAACCGGCAGAUUAACCUGCAAACGAAUUCGCUGAAUCAAUACAAGGAAGAAUGUAAUCGGCUGAACGCGGAGUUUGCGAAGGCGCAGCGCCAGGCAGAGCAGUGGCGAAAGGAGUUGAUGACCCAGGAAGAUGCGGUCUCCUCCCUCAGAGAAGAAAACGUGCAACUCAAAGCGGUACAAAUUAUAUGCGAUCUUCUACUGAUCGGUAGGCUUCAAGAAUCAAUGGGCGGAAAAAGAGCUGUGACCUUAUUUCUGUGUUUGUUUGGAGUACAGCAUUCAUUUUUUACAACUAAGUACCCUGUUGAAGAUUCGACACCACAGCCAUGACAAAUGUGAAUUUUGAUUUUUGCUGUGUGACAAAAAAAAUGCAGGUUUCAAAUACUUACGAGAAGGACAUCGACAGGCUGAAUGCUCUCCUCAUAGACGAAAGAAAAGAACGCUACAACAAGUUUGCAGCAGCAGAAAUGCUGGAGCCUUCGACCAUGCGUAUUUUAUCUUAGUAGUCCUCAUUGCAUUUAUGCUUAUGCAUUUUUAAAUCCGAAUCGCGAGAAGUAUUGAUCAAUAGUCUUUUGUUUUGUUCAUUUGCCUUCCUUGUCUUUCGUUCCCGGUGAUGCGACAUCGAUCUCGUCUCCCUUUGUACAGGUCACCCUGGUUUUUCAACCGGGCCAACGCCGCGCUCCAUUCCUGUAUCCAGUAGGUAUCCGCCCGAAACGCGGUUCGGAGACGCACGCCCAAAGGCUCUUUCAGGCGAAUCGCAGCCUGAAAAGCUCUCGGGAGACUGGAACACACUUUACGGCAGCGACUACGGUACUAGUGCUGCUCGUGAGCUGUAUCUUCCCAUCGGAUGAAUUUAUUGCACCUGCAGUUAUGAUUCAUGUUGUACGUGUCACUUUCGCUGCGUGGACAUGGAUACAAUUGUCACCUUACUACAAACAGCUGAUCCAGUUCCUGGGACGGGUCGCGGUAGGCCUGAAAAGCCGGCUGGGGGAAGCUCACCGUUUAUCAGUCGCGCGCGCUCCUCGAGUCCGGGUGCCACGCAAGCGGGAAAGGAAGAGCACUUGGGACCUUAUGGGCGGGUGUUCGAGAUGCAAGACAUCCACGACAACACCCAAGUUUCGAGAAGUAACUUCAAGGCAGCUCCCGUUAUCGACGUAAUGAUCACUUCAUUGCUAGGUUACUAACGAAGACGAUAGAAGAGCCAUCCUAUUGCUUUACACACCGGUUCCGGUCCAUUUUUCCUUUGCUAUUGCUCAAUGGUAGAGUCGUUCAGAGUUAGGUAUGAAGCUCUCUGUUCCUCCUGAUACACAUGCCUGGUCUGCUGGGGCACCGCAUUGUUUGUCAAUGAAAUCAACAUCAGACGGCGCAGCUCGAGGGAAAAAUGAUGGAGCUGAACCAGGAGCGAACAGCACUGGAAGCCACGUUGAUGAAGUAUCCCACGAAUUCAGCGGGGCGGACGCUGACCGACCGCAAAAACAAGCAGCAAGCGGAAGCCAGGCUCCUUGACGUCGAGAAAGAGCUGUCGCUCAUCCGCGGAAAGCUUCGGUCAGCUCGAACGCUCCUUUAGUCGGCCGGGCGCUCCUGAGGUCGGAACGUUAAAGUGGUAAGUAUAGCACACUGCUCACUCAUCUCUUGGUCAUCUCAUUUCGCAACUAUCAAUAGCACACGCACACGUGAUCGCUCGCGUGCAGGUUUGGUCAAUAAUUACCAAGGAAAUAAGCCAUAUGUUUUCUAGAUUAUCGAAGAUACUGAAAUCGUACGCACUUUGUCAUAUACGCGAUUUGUCAUCAAAUGACGGGACGAACAAGAAAUAAAAAACAAGUGGGUUUUUCAGAAAGGGGAUGUCGCCGGCUGGUCUAUCGCGAAAAGCCG